CAGAAUGGUUUUUGCUUCAUCAUUUCUUUACUAUAUAUAUCAAUCAAACCAAAGAAAAACAAGACAAAGAGGCCAUCAAUGGGAUGCUUUUUUGCUACAAUUCUUCACAUCUCUUCCUUCUUCUUCUUCUCCAUAUUAAUACUCUCCAACGCCAUGACAGACACCAUUACUGCAAAUCAAACAAUUGGAGUAACCGACACCAUUGUUUCAUUCGACAAAAACUUCGAGCUCGGCUUCUUCACUCCCGGGAACUCCAACAACUUCUACUUGGCAAUCUGGUACAAGAAAAUCUCAACCGGAACAAUCGCCUGGGUCGCAAACAGAGCUAGGCCGCUCACCGAUUUACUCGGUGUUCUAAAAAUCACAAAUCCAGGAAUUCUGCUUCUUCUCAAUAGCACUGGCAAUGUAAUUUGGUCCUCGAAUUCAUCGACAACAGUUCAGAAUCCAGUGGCGCAGUUGUUUGACAAUGGAAAUCUUGUCGUGCGAGACGGAGAUCAACCCGAAAAUAUUUUAUGGCAGAGUUUUGAUUAUCCUACAGCGACUUUUCUCCCCGGAAUGAAAUUAGGAAAGAAUUUUGUAUCGGGGUUAGACCGGUACCUUACGUCCUGGAGAAGCAUUGACGAUCCUUCUCCAGGAAACUUCACGUACCAGCUGGACCCCACUGGAUAUCCCCAGAUGAUUGUGAGAACCGGGUCUAUAGUAAAGUUCCGGUCUGGUCCAUGGAAUGGGCUCCGGUUCAGCGGGUUACCAAUGUUGAACCCUAACUCGGUUUAUACAUACGGGUUUAUUUCCAAUAGAGAGGAGAUGUACUUCCAGUUCCACCUCGUGAACAGCUCAGUUUUCACUCGGUUGGUGUUAAGUCCAACCGGGCUAGUCCAGCGGUUCACGUGGGUCGAGCGGACCCAUGGGUGGGUCCUCUACUCAUCUGCCCAAACCGACAACUGCGACAGUUAUGGGCUAUGUGGGCCCUACGGUAACUGUAUAAUAAACCGGUCGCCGCCUUGUUGGUGUUUGGAUGGGUUCCAGCCGAGGUUUCCGACGGAUUGGGAGGGUGCGGAUUGGUCAGGUGGGUGCGAUCGAGCGGUGGCUUUGGAGUGCUCGACCGAUGGGUUUGUGAAGUACAGUGGGGUGAAAUUGCCGGACACAAGAGAGUCAUGGUUCAAUGAGAGUAUGAGCCUUGUUGAGUGCAGGACAGUUUGCUUGAAGAACUGUUCUUGUAUGGGUUAUACAAGCUCGGAUAUCAGAGGAGAGGGAAGUGGGUGUUUGGUUUGGUUUGGGGAUUUAAUUGAUUUGAGGGAGUUUAAUGAAAAUGGACAGGUUAUAUACAUUCGUAUGGCUGCUUCAGAAACAAGUAUUCAAAUAUUUAUUCAUCUAAUGGUUAUAGCUGCCUCUGUAACAUUUGUGGGUAUUCUACUUCUUGAAAAAAAGAAUAACAGAACGAAAGAUGGAAGGAUAGUUAUUUAUUUAUUCAUUUUUUAUAUAUAUAUACAUAUACCUUCUCCAAUGGCUUGUAUAUAUGCAGAGGAGAACCAGAAGGAGUUUGAGUUACCUCUCUUUGAAUUGGCUACAAUCGCCAAUGCAACCAAAAACUUUUCAGAAGAUAAUAAGAUCGGAGAGGGUGGAUUUGGACCAGUGUACAAGGGAAUAUUGAUGGAAGGACAAGAAAUAGCUGUGAAGAGGCUUUCUGAAAAUUCAAGACAAGGACUUGACGAAUUCAAGAAUGAAGUUAUUUAUAUUGCCAAACUUCAACACCGAAAUCUUGUGAAACUCCUUGGAUGUUGCAUUGAAGUAGAAGAGAAAUUGUUGAUCUAUGAAUACAUGUCUAACAAAAGCUUGGACUACUUUAUUUUCGAUCAGAAGCGUAGCAUGUUGUUAGAUUGGCCGAAACGCUUCAAUAUUAUUGUUGGAAUUGCACGAGGACUUCUUUAUCUUCAUCAGGAUUCUAGAUUGAGAAUUAUUCAUAGAGAUCUAAAAGUUGAUAAUAUCUUAUUAGAUAAUGAGAUGAACCCAAAGAUUUCAGACUUUGGCAUUGCUAAAAGUUUCGAUGGCAAUGAAACUGAAGCAAAAACAAAUAAAGUGGUUGGAACACAUGGUUAUAUUUCUCCAGAAUAUGCAGUUCACGGUGUCUACUCUGUAAAAUCCGAUGUGUUUAGCUUUGGGGUAUUGGUGCUGGAGAUAUUGAGUGGAAAAAGGAAUCGAGAAUUUGAUCAUCCAGAUCACCACCUUAACCUUCUUGGCCAUGCAUGGAAACUCUACAUAGAAGGAAGGCCAUUGGAAUUAGUUGAUGAAUUAGUAAGAGGAUCAUGGUUUGAAUGUGAAGUGCUAAGAUCAAUUCAUGUCGGACUACUAUGCGUACAACAAUAUCGAGAAGAUAGGCCGAGCAUGUCAACUGUGACAAUGAUGUUGGGUGGUGAGGGCGUGAUGCCUCGGCCUAAACAACCAGCAUUUUUUGGAGAAGAGAGUCCACAGGAAGUAGAUUCAUCAUCCGAAAGCAAGAAUGUAACGUGUUCAACCAAUGAAGUUACCAUCACAGAGUUAAAAGCUCGAUAAUGUUGACAUUUUUGCAAGCAUGUUGAGAAUUGAGGUCUUAUAAUAUUAAAAUGUAGAGUUAAUUGUAUUUGUUGGUAAUGCUUUAAUUUGCAAGUCAAAAUAUGAAAAUGAUUGUAUAGUGAAACUUCAUUCAUCAAUUGUGUUUAGAUUUGGAACUUUUUGUGAUGCCCCAAAAUCUACACUAAGGGUUGUAGUCAAGGGAAAGUUACUAAUGAGUCCUAUGAUCAAUGAACAAGUAAGAUCCCAGA